AUGGCUGAAAUUGUUGUUGAAAUUGUUGGUCGAGUCUUAAUUGAAUUAGUUGGUGCUGUAAUUGUAGGAGCAGCAUCACAACCAAAGACAUCACAACACAGUUUGAAUAAAACAAAGUCAUCCUCUGAAAAAAACAAUCGAUCAUUAGAUUUAGUGUCGACAUCAUCUGCUCAUCAUAACCGUGCGGUACUGAUUGCAUCAAGUAGUAUUACUUUUGGUAAUGAUUGUGAACGUCUUGUUAAUAUAGCUUUUCAAACAAGUCAAACUUUUCCUACAAUGAUGGCUACAUAUGCUGAUGUUAUUCAAUAUUUACGUAAAGAACUUGCUAAACAGUAUCCUAAUGAAUAUUUUCAUAUAAUUAUUGGUAAAAAUCAAAAAUUUGGUUUUUCUAUUAAUGAAGAUCAAUAUUUUGCUGAAAUCGAACAAGAUCGAUAUCGUGUGUUAAUUUUUUCAACAAAACAAAAUCCUCAUACAAAAUCGGACACUCAUGAUGCUAAUAGUCAAAUUUUAUUUGUAUGGAAUUGA